AUGGGGGUAAAGAUUAAGGAUUCGAUAGUUCUGGUGAAGUAUUACGGCUCGCAAGGAGAUAGAGCGUUGAAGAUAAAGGCUGCAGAACUGGCUGGCGCUGCCGGUUGUAUUAUAUACUCCGAUCCAGCUGACGACGGUUUCGUCAAAGGCCCUGCUUGGCCCAAAGGAAGGUAUAUGCCAUCCGAUGGAGUGCAACGGGGAGCGGUGAGCCUGAUGUCAUGGGUGGUUGGAGAUGUGCUAAGUCCAGGUUUCGCCUCUCUUCCCAAGGAGAAAAAAAGAUUGUCCGUAAGUGAAAGCCCAGGUCUAACCAAGAUACCAAGCUUGCCUAUAGCAUGGAGAGAUGCGCAGCAUUUGCUCCAAGCUAUUCAGGGUCAUGGCAAGCUGGUACCGAGAGAAUGGGUCGGGGGUGUGCCGGAUAUCAAAGAAUGGUGGUCGGGAGACCAGUCCUCCCCCAAAAUCAACUUGAUGAACCUCCAAGAUGAAGUGGAAAGACAGCCAAUCCAUAAUGUUAUCGGAAGGAUAACCGGUGUUGAGCAGCCAGAAAAGAAGGUCAUCAUAGGAAGCCAUCGCGAUGCAUGGUGUUUCGGAGCUGCAGAUCCAGGAAGUGCCUCCGCUAUUCUGGUGGAGGUCGCACGAGUAUUCGGGCAGCUUCGAACCCUUGGCUGGAGGCCUUUACGCACCAUCGAGUUUGCAAGCUGGGAUGGCGAAGAAUACAACCUUAUAGGCUCCACCGAAUAUGUCGAGAAAAGGGUCGAGGAACUUCGGAAUGACGGAGUUGCGUAUCUGAAUGUCGAUGUGGCCGUAACUGGUGAGAACUUUCGGGCUGCUGCAUCCCCUCUAUUCGAGCGCUCUCUUCGACGGGUGCUGGGACGGGUUUCCGACCCUAAGACUGGCGAAACCUUGCGAAGUAUCUGGGAGAAGAACGGUUCGAAGCUUCAGGGUCUAGGGGCCGGUAGUGAUUAUGUCGCUUUCCAAGAUAUCGCGGGCAUAUCCAGCAUCGAUUUCGGCUUUGAUGGGGAACCAUAUCCAUAUCAUAGUUGUUAUGAUAAUUUUGACUGGAUGUCCACUGUUGGCGAUCCAGGCUUUCGAUACCACAGAACUCUUGGACAAGUAUGGGCUUUGCUCCUUUUGCAAAUAGCUGACAACCCUAUUAUUCCGUUCGACCUUGAAGCAUACGCUGCUGCCGUUGCUCAAUAUGUCUCUGACUUGCAUGGCUAUGCUAAAAACCAAUCCGUUCCAUUAAAGCCUACGUCUAAGCACACCCGCAAAGGCGACUCCGACCGUCGCAUUGAUUUUCAACCCUUAUACCGAGCCGCGAAACGUUUUCGACAAAGCGCCGAUGAGUUUCGCAAAUGGUUGGAGCUCUGGAAUCGGACGGUCACUGAAAAUAAUGGCUUCGAACCCAAAGUUUAUGGACUCGAGAGGUUGAACCACAACAACCAAAUGUCGGAUUUUGAGACUCAUUUGCUCGAUCUGCAGGACGGCGGAGGCAUCCCUAACCGGACCCAAUUCAAACAUGUCAUAUUCGGCCCACAGAAAUGGUCCGGAUACGACGAGGCGUUCUUUCCAGCCAUUAGAGAUGCAAUCGAUUCGAGAAACUGGACCGAAACACAGCAUUGGAUUGAUAAAGUCUCGUUGAUACUAACUGAUGCGAGUCUUAAGCUCAAAUGA